AAAAGUCUUGGUAAAUUUCAUGAUUGGGCUUUAUGUCGAUCAUCAACAGGCAUGGCAGCUAUUGAGAGGUCUGAUCGGUCAUUCAUCUCCUUCCGCCGCGUGUUGUUGCGUGUGUUGGAGUUGACAGCAGUUGGGCGGUUGGGCCAGGGCUUGGCUGUAUUACGUGGAAGGAUUUGUGACGGUAUUACUAGUUCCAAAAAGAUAAUCGUCUCGUUCAUGAGAGGGCCCUGUAAGAAAAACGCCUUGACCUGGACGAGGAAGUUUUGUACCAGCCAUCCAGGCUCCAGCAACCGUACCAGUCCCGAUGGGGCGACAAAGAACGGGUGGGACAAUAGGAAUGGCUUGGUUAAUGGAGAGCGACGUGGGAAUCGCGCAGACUGGAGGGCGGCCCGGGCGUGCCGCACGUGGCAGUUGUAUGGCGUCAAAUUUUAUGGUCUGGAACUACGAACUCUCGAUCGGUCCAGCAAUGUCGCCGUCGCGAGGAAGUUCCCAGGCCAGAACGCCACAGGGGAUGAGUUUGCAAGCUCAAAAGGGUGGGCGCAAAAUCGCGGUUCCCCAAAUAAGGCAAACUCUUGGCCUAUGACACAAUGGGGCGAUAUUGAGGCUGACGCCGCGCUGGAUAAGCAAAACCAUGUGUCUUGGCUGUAUUAUUCCAUCAGCUUAGCUGGUAACUUUCAAUCCUUCCUGAGGACAUAUGAAGUUACCAGCACAGUUGUCAAGAAAGCUGAGAAUCUUGCCGUCACUUGCACAAGCUGA